GAGCUAUAUAAGCAGGUGAGUGGAGGCCACGCUAUAGAGUCCAGGGUUUGGGAUCCGAUAUCCGAUCCCCUUCCCGACUUGUCUUGGAUCGCCGUCAGAGUAGAAGAGAGGUGGAGGAGCGAAUUCUCCACCCUCUCACGACUUCAACGAGCUAAAAAUCCCCCAAAACGCGGCGAUUUCGCCUUCCGGAUAGAGACGAACAUUGCUCUACCCGGAGGUGUAAGAAAAAAACUCUGCUCUUUAUCGAUAGCGACUGAAAACUAAAGAAAUUGAGGAGUUUCGGCUUUUGUUCUCCGCGUAGGGGUCCAUUUGGAGAUAAGAGAGCAAGAGAGACUUCAACCAUGCGGAAAACUUUUGUCUGAGGACUUUGAAGACGGGAGAUUCUGAGAACCAAAGUUGGAAACUUCGAGUUAAUCGCAUCCUGUAAUCCGAGCCCAUAAAAACAAAAUCUUCGUUUGCAAGAGUUUGAACAUGGCAAUUGGAAGCCUUCCACCGAUCGAGAGGAAGGAAGGUGGGAAGAAUGAGGAGAUUCGAGAUGAGACUACUCCGCUGCUACCAAUCAUCCAGGAGAAUGGGGAAUUUAGUGAAUUCAAUGGAGCUUCCUUUCCAGGGGCUGUUUUUAAUCUAUCGACAACCAUUGUUGGAGCUGGCAUCAUGGCUCUGCCUGCCACCAUGAAAGUCUUGGGGCUGGUCCCUGGGAUUUUGAUGAUCAUUUUUGUUGCUUUCCUCACCGAGUCUUCGGUCGAGAUGCUGAUAAGGUUUAGCCGGGCAGGGAAGGCAACUUCAUAUGGAGGAGUCAUGGGAGAUGCAUUCGGGAGGUGUGGACGAAUGCUGUUGCAGAUUAGUGUGACUGUGAAUAAUAUGGGCAUGAUGAUUGUGUACAUGAUUAUUAUUGGUGAUGUGCUAUCUGGAACAUCUUCUAGCAGCAUUCACCACUCUGGGAUUCUGGAAGGAUGGUUUGGAGAACAUUGGUGGAAUUCCCGUGCUUUUGUUCUUCUAGCAACAACCCUCAUCGUGUUCGUUCCAUUGACAAGCUUUAAGCGUGUAGAUUCAUUGAGAUACACUUCAGCCUUAUCAGUUGCUCUAGCGGUUGUUUUUGUUGUUAUAACUGCUGGAAUUGCCAUCAUCAAGUUACUGAAUGGAAGCAUUCUGAUGCCCAGACUGUUUCCCAAAAUAUCAGAUUUAGCAUCUGUCUGGAAUCUUUUCACUGCUGUCCCCGUUGUUGUCACUGCAUAUAUCUGCCAUUUCAAUGUUCACAGCAUUGAUAAUGAGCUUGAAGACUCUUCGCAGAUUCGACCAAUCGUGCAGACUUCACUAGCCCUCUGCUCUAUUGUCUACAUAGCUACAAGCUUCUUUGCUUUCCUUCUCUUUGGUGACUCCACACUUGAUGACGUGCUUGCCAACUUCGACUCCUAUCUCGGUAUCUCAUACAGCUCCAUUCUUAAUGACAUUGUCCGAGUGAGCUAUGCUGGACACAUCAUGCUCGUCUUCCCUAUGAUCUUCUUCGCACUCCGACUCAACCUUGAUGGCCUAAUCUUUCCCUUAGCGAGUCCUUUGUCUUCAGAUAACCGGAGAUUUGCAUUCAUUACAGUGACGCUCCUCUCUCUGAGCUACUUGGCUGCAAUUUUUGUUCCCAGUAUUUGGGAUGCCUUCCAGUUUACUGGUGCAACUGCUGCUGUCUGCAUUGGAUUCAUUUUUCCUGCAGCCAUUACCCUCAGAGAUCCUCAUGGCAUAGCAACGAACCGUGAUAGGAUCCUAUCUGCUUUUAUGAUUGUGCUUGCGGUGUUCUCAAGUGCGGUGGCUAUAUACAGUGAUGCCCACUCUCUCUUCCAGAAGAGCAAGGAGGCUUAGAUAGGCUUUGGGCCACAACAGGACAGCAGUGACUGGAGACUAGUGCGGAUAGAGUAGUAUUCCCAGUUGGAGUUGUGGGUGGCAUGCAAUAGUGGAGUCUGUUUGGUGAUAAAAGAUGUAACUCAAGUGUAUAAGUUGGGUUGAAUGUAUUGCAAUUCGUGCAUAUAUGUCCAAAGAUAUAUGUAUUGUUGAAGUGUAUCAUCUUAUGGUGGAAGUCGGGCAUUGUCCUGGAGGUCAAAAAAUAAGAAAUGAUAAACUUUGAACUGGUUUCAUGUCUUCCACUUU